AUGUUAAGGGUUGUCGUGAACGGGCGGGAUGUUUAUGAGUCUUUUGGCAGAUUGCACCCAGAGUUGAUGAGGAGGACGAAGGAGAAGCCCUUGCAGGGUUUGUGGGUGGGUGAUUAUUCAGCUCAUGGACCCGAGUAUCUGCUGCUUAACUAUGAAGUGAUGGAGAAUAACACGGUACUUCAUGCCGUGAAAAUCACGGGCGACCCUAACGUCCCACGCGGCGAGAUCACCUUCCGAGUCCCGGAUAUCGUGAACCCCGUACGGACGAAAACGUCGGAGGAUGGCACGACUCGCAAGUAUUACCCAGCAUGGGGACAAAUAGCCGGCUACGGAUUUACCUCUUCAGAAUGGACUGAGGCUGAAUUUGUCUGGAUGAGCGAUGAAGAGAUUGUUUUGAGGUGGUUCUUGUUUGACCGAGGUGAGUUGGCCAGACGGCGUGGGAAUUGCGGGAGAUGAGGCUAAAAAGUAAUCAGCGUCGACAUUCAGAAGAGUUGAGUUGGAUGACUUGCAUUUGCCGGCAAUGAUGGCACAGU